UAGCACUCUCCAAUAAACAACGCCUGCGCAUGCAUGCGAGCCUUGUAACCUACCACUGCUACCUCUUCAAAAGUCAAACCUACCUUGAUGCGCGACGAGGGAAGAACCUACCUGCGCACAAUGGAAGUAGUAGUAAGAAGGCGAGGAGGGGACAUGACCGCCGUUGCGACGGCGGUGGUGUCGGUGCUCGCGGCGUUAACGGCGAUGGUGGCGCCGGGAACAGCGUGGGGCACCGAGGAGGGAGGAGGAGGCAAUAACGUGACAGCGAGCAGAGAGGUCACGUACGACGGCCGGGCUCUGAUACUGGACGGCCGGAGGCGGAUGCUCUUCUCCGGAGACAUGCACUACCCACGAAGCACCCCCCGAGGUACACGUUCCUUGCCUAAUUCAUGUCCCGAUAUGUCAUCUUUGCACUGCUUUUGUUUGCAAGCAGUUUCUUAUCCUCACAGGUAGAGCAAUUUUUUUAGAAGAUAGUACUAUUAUUGAUCGAAUAAAAGUAUUCGGUAAGUACCCUUAGGUUGAUUACUUUACACCCCUACUCUAAGUCAACUUUAGGAUUGUAGUUUUGUUCUACUACAAUGACGUCGCAUCCUUUUUCUUUUUUUCUCUAAUUAAACUCAAGCUAUGAGCUGAAACAGCUAGUGCAGUGCAGUGCAGAUGAACCGUUCGCUUGAGUUUAAUAAUUUUGAGCGCUACUCACCUUAAUGCCUGGUACAAUAAGGAACCGAUCUAGCUUUUUUAAUUCACGGCACAGGACACAGCUGGUAGCUCAUGAGGAAACCGUGUGCAGUUGUUGGCUUAGAGUUUGUUUGAGCGCUGACGAAUCCUAGAAAGACUAGUAGGCCAGAGCAAUCUUGAGUAGUCAUUCAGCAUUUUAAUUUUGCCUUUAGAAUCCAUGGUCUGCUUUCGUUUUUUCCGGCAAGGAGAGUUACAUCCCAAAAUAGAUCUUGUGGUUCUAUACACUAUACACUUUUCUCCAGUCACCCUACGCAUAAAAAUCAUGACCAAGCUGAAACAGGAGCAUCAUCCUCAAUCGGUCCAUUUGUGAGCUGUACUGUUGCAGAAUAUCUUAUGCUUGUAUCCUUUGUAGCACAUUAGAUCAUAUCAUAUACAGGCCUCACACUUAUACAUGAAAUGCAGGCAGAUAAAUAUUUUUCGAGACAGAAGUCAUUUCGUGAGCAAAAUGAACUAACAAUACAAAAUACCAAAUCAUUUCAAGCAUUCCAUGAAGUGAAAUUUCUGAUGGCUAGGCUACGGCAUCCAAUUCAUUAUAAAAACAGGGAUUGCGAGUACAAGUUUUUUUGAACAGUCAAAUACAACAUUGCAUACUUAUAUCAAACCCGUAAGUAUACACCAGGAAUCAUAAGAAAUAUAGAACUCAUGCGCAAUAAAUUAACAGAUGUGGCCAAACCUCAUUGCGAAAGCCAAGAAAGGAGGCAUGGAUGUCAUUCAAACAUACGUCUUCUGGAACGCUCAUGAGCCUGUUCAGGGGCAGUAUAACUUUGAGGGAAGAUACAAUCUGGUGAAAUUCAUCAGAGAAAUCCACGCUCAAGGCCUCUAUAUAAGCCUCAGAAUUGGUCCCUUCAUCCAGUCUGAGUGGAAAUACGGAGGCUUACCGUUUUGGUUACGUGGCAUCCCAAAUAUUACCUUCAGAUGUGACAAUGAACCUUUCAAGAGACAUAUGCAAAAAUUUGUUACAAAAAUAGUGAACAUGAUGAAGGAUGAAAGACUAUUCUAUCCACAAGGAGGCCCCAUCAUCAUAUCACAGAUUGAGAAUGAAUAUAAGCUGGUUGAGGCUGCAUUCUAUUCAAAAGGGCCACCUUAUGUUCGCUGGGCAGCAGCAAUGGCUGUAAAUCUGCAGACUGGUGUUCCGUGGAUGAUGUGUAAGCAGGAUGAUGCCCCAGAUCCAAUUAUUAAUACCUGCAAUGGGCUCAUCUGUGGAGAAACAUUUCUAGGGCCAAAUUCACCUAACAAGCCAGCUUUAUGGACAGAAAAUUGGACAUCUCGCUAUCCUGUAUAUGGUCAGGAUCCAAGAUUCAGAUCAGCAGCAGAUCUUGCAUUUGCAGUAGCACUUUUUAUAGCGAGAAAGAAAGGAAGCUUUGUAAACUACUACAUGUACCACGGUGGAACAAACUUUGGAAGGUUUGCAUCUUCCUAUGUAACAACAAGCUACUAUGAUGGAGCUCCUCUUGAUGAAUAUGGCUUAAUAUGGCAACCGACAUGGGCUCAUCUCAGAGAACUGCAUGCUGCAGUAAAGCAAUCUGCAGAGCCAUUACUUUGGGGGGCAUAUUCUAAUUAUUCAUUUGGUCAACAACAAGAGGGGCAUGUUUUUGAAACAGAGUCUGAGUGUGUGGCUUUCCUGGUAAACUUUGACAAGCAUAAGAUAUCAAAUAUCCAAUUUGGCAAAGAGGCGUUCCAGCUAGCUCCUAAGUCAAUCAGUAUCCUCUCGCAAUGCAGGGAACUAGUAUUCGAAACAGGCAAGAUAAAUGCUCAGCAUGGUUUAAGAACAGCACAAGUAGUGCAGCCUCUGAAUCAUGUUGGUAGGUGGAAAAUAUUCAAAGAACCAAUCCCUCUGGCAGCAAGCAAAAUCUCACAUGUUGGAAAUCAGCUUUGUGAACACCUCUCAACUACAAAAGAUGAAACAGAUUAUCUCUGGUACCUCACCACAUAUGAUUUUGGACCGAAAGGGAAUGGCCAACUAGUGCUUAAUGUUGAGUCACAUGCACAUAUUUUACAUGCUUUCGUCAACAACGAUUAUGUCAGAAGUACGCACGGGAGUCAUGAUGAACCUGGCAAUAUCAUUCUAAAGGCGCCUAUAUCACUAAGGGAAGGACAAAACACCAUAUCAUUGCUAUGCGUCAUGGUUGGAUCACCGGACUCCGGUGCUUACAUGGAGAGAAGAACAUUUGGAGUUCGGAAAGUGAGCAUAAAACGAAGACAGCAGAGACCACAUUCUCUAAACAAUGAUCUGUGGAGACACCAAGUUGGCUUAUCUGGAGAAAUGAAUAAAAUCUACACAUCUGAAGGAUCGUCUCAUGCACAAUGGACUGCAAUUGACAAGUCCAUGCAUCUUCCACUUAUCUGGUACAAGACAACAUUUGACACGCCAUGGGGCAAUGACCCAGUGACACUGAACCUAAGUAGUAUGGGGAAGGGUGAGGUGUGGAUCAAUGGAGAGAGUAUCGGACGGUACUGGGUCUCCUUCAAAACCCCCAGCGGCCAACCUUCUCAAUCUCUGUAUCAUAUACCACGAUACUUUCUGAAGACUGGAGAGAACCUCCUUGUUCUCAUGGAGGAAAUUGGUGGCAACCCGCUACAAAUAACAGUGAACACAAUGUCAAUUACCAGAGUCUAUGGUACCGUCAGCGAGUUCUCUACCCCGUCCCUCUUGUCACGCGAAAAACAUCCAGCAGUUCACCUCAGGUGCCAGAAAGGCAAACACAUCACAGAUAUUGAGUUUGCGAGCUACGGAAAUCCCGCCGAAGACUGCAGAGGGUCUGGAAGGUGCUGCCAUGGAACUUGCCACGCAGAAAUGUCGGAAUUUGUCGUAAAGAAUGCUUGCCUAGGCAGAAGGAAGUGUGCCAUUCCGGUGCGGGCUGCCAAAUUUGGAGGUGACCCAUGCCCCGGAGUAGAAAAAUCCCUUUCAGUUGUGGCGAUUUGCGGAUGAAGGGAAGAAGAACAGAACAGUCAUGUGAUUAAUCAGCAUUCUAGUU